UUGUGAUGUUCAACUUUCCAACAGAGAGAAGAUGGAGAAUCAGUUGGAAAAAGAAGCAAGGUUUCGACAGCUGAUGGCUCACAGUUCCCACGAUUCCGCUAUUGACACAGAUUCAAUGGAGUGGGAAACAGAAGUAGUAGAGUUUGAGAAAGACAGGGAGGACAUGGAUUUGAAGGCUCUUGGUUUUGAUGUGGCCGAAGGAGUGAAUGAACCUUACCUUCCUGGAGACUGUGGAAUUUUUGUUACCAAAGUCGAUAAAGGAAGUAUUGCGGAUGGACGAUUAAGGGUGAACGAUUGGCUCCUGAAGAUAAAUGACGUAGAUCUCACCAACAAAGACAAAAAGCAAGUGAUCAAAGCAGUCCUUAAUGGCGGAGGAAUUAUCAAUAUGCUGGUUCGCCGAAGAAAGUCCUUAGGAGGGAAGGUGGUCACUCCGCUGCACAUCAACCUUUCAGGCCAUAAAGAGAGUGGAAUUGGUCUGGAAAAUGGAAUUUUUGUCGCCACCCUAACGAGUGGCAGUCCAGCUGCCAAGGAUGGAUCCCUCACUGUGGGAGAUAGGAUCAUUGCUAUAAACGGCAUUGCACUAGAUAAUAAAUCACUGACCGAAUGUGAAGCUCUUCUGCGGAACUGCAGGGAGUCCCUUACGCUUUCGUUGAUGAAGGUUUAUCCUCAGAGCUCAAGUUCCUCUUGGAGUGGGCAGAACAUAUUUGAAAAUCUUAAGGAUUCGGAGAAGAUCUCCAACGGCCGGGUUCACGCAUCCGAAGUACAAGUUCAAAAUAAAAGAAACUUAAAGCACAACAGUUCAACCCAAACCGAUAUUUUCAACCCGGACAUCAUGGAUGUCAAGAAGGAUCAGAGCGAUCAAGAGAACGGUUUGUAUUGCAGUCUGAAACCGUUCUCCAGUAGCGUUUUACAUAGUGACUCCCACCGGAACACGGCCCACGAGUGCCACAGUAAUUCGGAACACAGCCUUGAAUCCUUUGGUCCAGACGGCUAUGGAGACCCGAGUUAUGGGAUAGUGAACUUGGACAACCAAAGGCUUUCCUUUGAUCCCACAGUUGCAGACUGCAUUGUUUUGGAGAGUGCCUUAGACAAAGGGCCAGGCGGGAAGCACAGUGGUGGCACAUGGCCCAAAGUUAUGGUCAACGUAGCUCCAGCAGAAACAGAAAAAUUCUCAGUGUACAAAAAGCCCAAACAAAGAAAAUCCAUCUUUGACCCAGACACUUUCAAAAGACCUCUGACCCCUCCCAAAAUGGAUUAUCUGUCUCCCAAUCCGAUGUUGGGACUGUCGGCCCAAACUUCAAAACCAGAAGCCAUCUCCACUCCUCCAACACCUCCGACCAGAAGUGAUUCUAUUAAAUUUAAACACAAACAGCAAGCCAGUUCUGCCUCGGAGUCUACCGUGACAAUGGGCUCACCCCCUCCUAGUCCAGCUGCAGUCCAGCCCCCGCUUUCCAUCGAACUGAAGCCAGACUCUUGCCUUCUCAAGGGGCGAGGGAGACCCUCAGGACAUUACUACAGGGAAGAGGGGGGAGACCCUGGACAUUUGCCCUCCAGAAAAUCCUGCGAAGAGGACGUUGGCUUUCAAAGAGUGGAAGAGCCUGAAAUCAAAAGACCAAGGCCCAAAUCUGCUCCCGCCUUCAGGCAUAAACUAACCCCCGUGCCCAUUCCUAAUCCAUCUCAGCAGGUAGAUAUGGGAUCUUGUACUCAACACCAAGGACAUCUCAGUUUGGAUCUGAGUCACAAGCACACCAGUGAGUGCUCUGAAAAUACACGCUCAAGAUCAUCCCACGGUUCAAAUUCACUGCCUUCUAGUGCAAGACUGGGUUCCUCCAGCAACUUACAGUAUAGAACAGAACGAAUAAAAAUACCUUUGACACCAAGGUACCCAAGAUCCAUCAUUGGUUCUGACAGAGGUUCCUUAUCUCAUUCCGAAUGUAGCAGUCCCAGCUUGGUAACUCCUCCCCAGUCACCCCUUAACUUGGAAACCUCCUCUUUUGCCAGUAGCCAAUCGCAAAAUUCUCUUUCUACCUUGCCCAGGAUUUCAGUGAGUCCGGUCUCAAUGGGGCAACGUCGAAAAGACAAGCCCUACAUGGAAGAACCACGUCAGGUCAAAGUGCAGAAGGGGGCGGAACCCCUGGGAAUCUCCAUUGUGUGCGGGGAAAAUGGCGGGAUAUUCGUCUCGAAAGUAACCAGUGGCAGCAUUGCCCAUCAGGCUGGCCUUGAAUAUGGCGAUCAGUUGUUGGAGUUUAAUGGCAUCAACCUGCGGAAUGCCACGGAACAACAAGCCCGGCUGAUCAUUGGGCAGCAGUGCGAUACCAUAACUAUUUUGGCACAGUACAACCCCCACAUGUUCCAGCUGGGCAACCAUUCACGAUCAAGCUCCCGUCUGGAACCGAUGAGUAGUCAUUCCACUCCACAAGGCAGUGGAGCUCCAACUCCUGACAGCCAUUCCAUAAUUGAUACUGUGAGCGAACAAGAUGAAGGGACCAUGACACCUCCGUCCAAGGACACCACUCCAACCACCAGUCCCCGCAAUUCAGUCAGGUUGGGAAAAGCCAUCUCUAGAAAAAGAGGUGAAAAAGACAGAGGCAAGAAAAGUGCUAAAAUGGGACAAAAUUCACCGUUCCUUUGUAGAAUGGAGCAGGAAUUCUACAGGAGGCACAGCAUGUCUGAAGCCAAAGACGACAACAGCUCCUCCAAGGCAUCUUCGGCUGCAGCCCGUCGAUCCUUCUUCAGAAGGAAACACAAACACAAGCGCAGCGGCUCCAAAGACGGAAAAGAUUUGCUGGCCCUUGACACCAUCAGCACGGACUCCAUUCCUUUCUUGGACGAUGCUGUAAGCCUGGCGUAUCAACGAGUCCAAAAGGUAGAUUGCACAUCUCCCAGACCGGUGCUUAUCCUUGGACCAUUACCUGAUGCUGUGAAAGAUAUGUUGGUCAAAGAAUCACCGGGGAAAUUUUGCAGGUGUCCUCUUGAGGAUUGCCACUGUCUCUUGGACAUCGCGCCUCAUGCCAUUGAGCGGCUGCACAGCAUUCACAUCUACCCAAUAGUCAUCUUCGUUCGCUACAAAAAUGCCAAGCAGAUCAAGUAAGUGCGAAGUAUGGAGUCAUAGACUUUAUCUUUCCCUUCUCCUCACCAAUCCUCAGUUUAAAAAAAAACAACGAUUAUGACUCGCCUUUGCAUUCCUGUGUGUAGGCUUCUUCCUAACAAUUCCUUCUGGUAAGCUGCACUUGAAGCCAACUGGAUUAAGCUGAGCAUUCAUGUUCAUUGUAUAUCACAUGUAA